AUGGUGCCGUUGAGGAGGGUGGACGAGGGGGGGUGGGACGCGGGGGGUGGGGGGAGGAAGCGGGUGCGGCUACCGGACAUGGAGAGGGUUAAGAGGAAUAACCGCGGCGUGUUGACGGCGGAGGUGGCGCCGCUACAGGCCACACAGCAAACCCCCAUCGAAGGUUCUUCCAAUACCAGCGUUAUAAUGGACGUGGACGGAGAAACGAGUGUCACAAGUGACGGUUGUUUGAAAAUUCAAGAACAAGUUGAUAUGCUUCAGGUGGUUCCGGUACAGAAUCUUUUUGAAAUGAUACCGAACACCUACACGUACUCAUCGACGGAUGAUAUGAAAGUUUCAUACAAAAGUUCACGCAUCCUUGACUGGGGUCUGUUUCCGCUCUCGCCAUCUUAUUUAAAGGAGCGCAAACUGGACUUCAGGCGCGUUCUGUGCACUGGUCGAGGCCCGGGAUGGUGGCUGAAGGGUCACCUGGUCGUCAGCGACCAGCAGGAGCCGCCGCCGGUGGCUGCUAUAUGGUCGUUAAGGCCUAGGGUCAGACUGCUACUACCGGUGAGUACUGUGUUAAGGGUCACCUGGUGGUCAGCGACCAGCAGGAGCCGCCGCCGGUGGCUGCUAUAUGGUCGUUAA